AUGAUAAUACAAAUUGUUACAAAUUAUGGGACAGCAGGGUCUUCUUCUAUGAUGGCAUAUAAAGCAUCCCUGCUGCAAACAGGGUUCUUUGGAAUUUCCAUUGGUGAGGCAGAGGUGGGAGCAUCAGAGAGUGAGAGUGUAAGGCAAGCAAGAGAUGAAAAAGAGAGGCAAAAAAGAGAGCAGAGUGAAAGAGAGGAGAUAUUGAGAGAUGAGCAGAAUGAAAUCCUCUUUGCAAUCCAGAAAGUUCAAAAUUCUGUGGAUGUCCUUCCAAAGACUAUGUCCAAUGAUGAGCUAAGCAAACAGGUUCCACAAUCGUUCCAAAAAGUGUUUGACCUGAUAGACGACUUAAAAGGUUCAAGGUUCGUAGAUGAAGCUGGAGAAGAUGAUAACUUGGUGAUAACAGAAACUUCGCCUUCUCCCAAGAUAGAUGUGGUAUCCAAACCUCAACAACCUCCUCCACCUCCAAACACCACAAUUCCUCCCAUUGAAUGUGAGAUUCACGAAUCACCACAAUUCUUCUAUGAUGGCAUAUAA